AUGGGGUGCUUCAGAUCCCUCAAUUCAGGAUUCAAAUUUCGUGCCGUCCAGAGCAAAAGUUGCGAUGAUGAUGAGGAGGAUAUCGAGUCUGAAGAGCUGCUUACAAAAAGAAGUCAUCCGGAACGCCUUUCCAAGGCCUGGAUCUACCUGACAAUUGCCAAUGCAAUUAUCUUGAGUAGCACUAUUGCUAUAGUCAUUGGUGCGAGGAGCAGUUCCUGGAAGGCAGAGAAGAAUGCUCUCCUGAGGCCAGUAUCAUGGUGGUCGCCCGUCUUGGAUGACAUCGAGAUCCCGAGUUAUGAAACUACCAUUAACGGGACCCUUUUCGCCCUUCCUGAAAUCUCAAUCGCCCGCGAGGAGCCCAGCGCCGCGAAUGAUGCCGCGUGGGCACGCUAUGAAAAUGUUCUGACCCACGUUAUCACUCGCGACCAAGUCAUCAAGCUGGGCAAGGAUCCCGAAACCGUCGCACGCUUUGAUAACGAGUACUGGGGGAUGGGCGACGAUGCUUACAUGGCUCAGCUCGAUGUGAUGCAUCAAAUUCAUUGUCUAAAUCUACUGCGCAAGUCCGCCUUCGCCGACUACCCUGGCUAUGAGCCCGAGCUUGACGUCAAAGACAAGAUGUGGUGGAUUCACCUGGGCCAUUGCACCGACAUCCUAUUGCAGAACAUCAGAUGCAAUGCCAAUACAGAGGUUUUAACCUUAGACUGGGUGGAAGAUCGGGGUAAUCCGUGGCCGGACUUCAGCAUCAAUCGCAAAUGUCGAGAUUUUGAUGCCUUGCUGCACUGGCAACAUGAUAACGCUGUUGACGUGGACAAAUAUGAUGCCAUGCCAGUGCCCAAGAAUGCAUUUGUGUGGCCGUCCCCGUGGAAGAAGCAAGAUUACGAACUCGGGGUGAAGCUGGGGGACCAUCAUUUUCAGGAAGGGGAAGUUCUCCGUGACCCCCACGAGCAUCAUGCCCAUCAGGCACCGUGA